AGACGUUCAUCAUAAGGUGGACCACUUACCGCAGGUGAAAGUCACAGCCGCCUGCAUUUGAAGAUCGUUCAGCAGCCGUGAUAUAAAAGCUUCAUGCCCACAAUAGACACGGCCAUCUCCAGCCUACAAGAUACUGCCUCUACGAUAAAAACCCAAGCUAUCUAUUUGUGACUCAACACCAGCCACUUAUACUCCAAGCACCUAUUCAGAACCAAUCCAUACACAUCAAACCCACCAGCAUGCCUCCGCACAACCCCGAAGCUGCCGCUCAAGCCGCGCACGCCCACAUCUUCAGCCAGCCCAGUACCGAGCCCUACCGCAACAACCCAUGGGCACUGUACCGUGCCCUCGACGAAUACAGCCAGACGCGGCACCUGAUGAACUUCAAGGAAACCAAGCUCCGCGUCGCGCAGCAGCACCUCGCGUGCAUGCAGCCCAAACCCAAGACCGUCGUCGAGUUCGGGACCUACGUCGGCUGCUCCGCCAUCGCGUGGGCGGCCAUCCUGCGCGAUCUGCACGGGCCGUCCGCGGACAACGACAUCCACAUCUACACCUUCGAGGUGAGCGAGUCCAUCGCCCAGGUGGCGCGGGACUUCAUCGAGCUCGCGGGUCUGCAGGAGGUCGUGCACGUCCUGGUGGGACCGGCGUCGGAGUCCCUGCGCGGGUUGGUCGAGCAAGGCAAGAUCACCCCCGGCGGCGUCGACAUGGCGUUCUUCGAUCACUGGGAGAAGUUCUAUCUCUCGGACCUGCAGCUGUGUGAGGAGCUGGCGCUGUUCCAUGUCGGGUCGAAGGUCAUUGCUGACAAUACGGAUAUUCCCGGCGCGCCGGAUUAUCUGGAGUAUGUGAGGGCGGGGGGCAAGGGAGGGGAGGGGGAGGUGAGGUAUACGACUCGGUCGUUUGAGACGGAGCAUGUGGUGCAAGGACGGCCGAAUAUUGUGGAAGUGACAGACGUCGUGGCUGUCCGGUCAUGAUGCCGCAUGUGAUUCAAUUCUCCUUUGGGAGUUCUUUAUGAUUAGACGCAGUACAUCACGUUGACGUGUAUGGCAAUUCAGCUUUUUAUUCAAUGAGCCAUAUCCUUGACCAUUGUAACUUCCCAGAAGACCGGCUAUGUGCGCCAUGUAGGUUUGUAGACUUGUAGACUCGAUGCAGGGCCUAGAUAAGUCCCAGGACAUGCA